AGUGUUCUCUUAGCAUCCAAUUUAACACAGGCCCAAGAAGAACCGGAAAUGAUUCUAGGAAGAGAUUCCAUGACCCAGGCCAUGGAGAGGAGUGUUCUUUCUGACCCUAUUCACAAUCCCGUGCAAAAGUCCUGCCGCCUGCGUACAAGCUCUCCCUCUCCCUCAGCCACUCCUUCCGACGACAACAGUAUUCGACCAGAGACCACCGAUUUCUGUUGGUUUUUCCCUGGUGUUUCUAGGGAUUUAACCAGAGGGACAAGAGCUCCGUCCGCCACUCGUUUCCCAGUCUUUGGCUUACUCAAUUCCAGGUAAUUUUCUUUCCCAAAUCAGGUUAUAAUGUUUAAUUUUUUCCCCGAGUAUGAUGAUUUUGGUUAAUUUUGUAAUGAGGGUUUGAGCAUCUUAUCACCUUUCUUAUUCAAUGAUCCAUAAUAUUUGUCUUUUCUUUUGUUUGAAUCCAUUUUGUUUAUAAACUUUGGUGCAAUUU